AUGUCAGACGGUCAGUCGCUUGACUCAGAGGAGGAUUUUUCCCCUAUAGCCGAGACUUAUUAUGGCGCCACGACCAGGAUGUCUUCACGGCUGAGUGGGAACUGCACAUAUCAGAGCGACGAACCGUGGCACCACUCAGGUGACGUAAUGUCGAUCCAUGCAAUUUGGGAAUGGUUCAAGCACAGUGACAGUGACUAUAAACGUCUAUUUUCUCUGCGACAGAAAGGGCAGUCUCAGCGGUACGAAGAUACGACACAACUAGACACGAUGUCGAACACAAUGACACAGCCGGCUGAAAGUUCGGUGAGCUACGAUCUUACCAGGAAAAGCCAGAUGGGGGGAGACUGCAUUCUGAAGCGCUUUGCGCAAUGGUUCUGGUCGGUGUGGAUGAUCGCCGGGUCUGGGGCCCACGAUGCCCUUGCGGAUCCCGCGAAUCACCCCAAAGCGACAAACGGUGCCUCCACAAAGACGAACGGAUGUGCUGGCACAGCGAGAGGUGGUUUGUCUACCACUGGAGAAUGCGACACAGGACUGCGGGAACAGUCCACUGAAAACGAGCAUAAUUAUCCUUGCAAGGCAUGCCAGACAUGGGGUGUUGUUUGCGACCAGCAGAGACCGCGCUGCUCGCAUUGCUUGGAUCAGCAGAUACUGUGCUUUUAUGUGGCACCUCUGCCAAAACCACCGAAGCGGUCAACCAAGUCGCGUUCCCGCCACGUUGAGAUCGUAAAUUCCUCGCCCCGGCUGUUGGCGAGUUGA